AGUCUUAGGAACUAAGCGAAGAAAAUCAGGAAGUGAACAAGAGGAAUACGACACAACUUUUGAAGAAAGUGAGUCUAUUGAGUGCGUCAGGACUCAUCGAUGGAAGACCUCUACGAGGAAGACUGAUGGAAUUCAUGGUAAAGGGAUGACAAAGAGAAAUAACUACAAGCUCAUCGAAUGAGAGGUUGUCAAGCCAACAAAAAACAGAAAUAAAACUCAGGUGUACAGUUGUUGUGCUGGAGUUUCUCAGCACGCUAAUUUGUAAUAGAGUUGUAAAUUCUCUUAGCAUGCAUGUCUGCUACUACGCCAUGAUUGUAAAUUUCUCCCUACCGAGCACGAGGAUUCUGCCAGACUUGCGAAUUGGUUGGUCAUGCUCAGGAUUCAAAACACUACAUAGCACCAAAGUUAUCUGGAAAAGCCUCUUCUUGAACAGCGAAGGCCUCUCACCCCAUCAGACCAAAAGAAAACAAGGAAAGAACACGCACGUCGCCCGGGAUUUGCCGGUACUUCUCGAAUACAAUAGACUAUUAAAGAAAACAACCCAUGUCAUUGGACUUGGAGACGAGACGGUGGUCAACGGCGUGGAGCAGGAAGCGGCGACCUCAACGGGCGCGCCUCGGUCGGCCCGACAAGCUUUCUUGAACUGCAAUGCCCCUCGCAAAUUCUGUCUAGCUUUCUUGGUGUUGCGCAUGUUUGCAAAUGGCAGUUCAAUAAAGCUGUGGGAAAUCACAGAGAAUGGUGGCCAAAGAUUGAGCCUUAAUAUAUCUAUUUUCAUUUUUCAGGUAAGUAUAUAAGAGCAACGUUAGUUGUGUGGCUUAGAACUUAAUGA